AUGGCUCUGAGGAUGCUCUGGGCUGGACAGGGCAAGGGGAUCCUGGGAGGCUGGAGGACCAUCUGCUUGGUGGUGUCUCUGCUUCUGCAGCACCCAGGAGUUAACAGCAAGUGUUACUUCCAAGCUCAAGCUCCCUGCCACUACGAUGGGAAAUACUUCACUCUGGGGGAAUCCUGGCUCCGCAAGGAUUGCUUCCAUUGCACCUGUCUGCAUCCCGUGGGUGUGGGCUGCUGCGACACGUCUCAACAUCCCAUUGACUUCCCUGCUGGGUGUGAAGUACGCCAGGAAGCAGGAACCUGUCAGUUUUCUCUGGUGCAAAAAUCUGACCCUCGGCUGCCCUGCAAAGGGGGAGGACCUGACCUAGAAUGGGGCUCAGCUAACACCCCUGUUCCUAGAGCUCCUGCUCCCCACUCCAGCUAA